UGAGCUAGUCAGAUGGAAUCAUCGUAGCGCUUCGGGGGACGGGGCAGGCUUUUUAAAAGGAGAUGUCUCACAGUUCUGAUUCAGCCAGUCGGCAGAGUGGAAACAUUGGCUUAAGAGCAUUGGCGGAAUCAUUAGCCUGUCCUUAGCUGCAGUCGUCCUCCCGUUCAGUUUAGUGUAGGAUGGAAGCCCUCGCUGGAAGCCUGUUAUGGAAACGCUCAUUGCUGUUAUUGUAGUACUGUGGUGACAACAUGCCAUUGAAAUGGAAAAGCGGUUCUCCUGCUAGCUGGAAAUUCCCAGUUCCUGUGCUUAAAACAUCUAGGUCGUCUCCUCUCUCCCCAGCCUACAUAUCCCUGGUGGAAGAGGACGACCCUCAUAUGAAAGUGUCUUUGGGGAGCAGCGAUAUGGGCGUGUCCGCGCACCUGCAGGCAUCCAAGACGGGGAACACCAGGUUCUUCACCAGCAAUACCCACAGUUCCGUGGUCCUACAGGGGUUCGACCAGCUGAGGAUAGAGGGGCUGCUCUGUGACGUGACCCUGGUGCCGGGGGACGGGGACGAGGCCUUUCCGGUCCACCGGGCGAUGAUGGCGUCCUCCAGCGACUACUUCAAAGCCAUGUUCACAGGUGGGAUGAAGGAGCAGGACUUGAUGUGCAUCAAGCUUCACGGCGUCAACCGAAUAGGCCUGAAGAAGAUCAUCGACUUCAUCUACACAGCCAAGCUCUCGCUGAACAUGGAGAACCUGCAGGACACGCUGGAGGCAGCCAGCUUCCUCCAGAUACUCCCCGUGCUGGACUUCUGCAAGGUCUUUCUCAUAUCUGGGGUCUCGCUGGAGAACUGCGUGGAGGUGGGCCGUAUCGCCAACACCUACAACCUCACCGAGGUGGACAAGUACGUCAACAACUUCAUCCUGAAGAACUUCCCCUCGCUCCUGGCCACGGGGGAGUUCGUCAAGCUGCCCUUCGAGCGGCUGGCCUUCGUGCUCUCCAGCAACAGCCUGAAGCUCUGCGGCGAGCUGGACCUGUUCAAGGCCGCCUGCCGCUGGCUGCGGCACGACGACGGGCGCAUGGAGCACGCGGCCAAGCUGAUGAAGAACAUCCGCUUCCCCCUCAUGAGCCCGCAGGAGCUCAUCAACCACGUGCAGACGGUGGACUUCAUGCGCACCGACAACACCUGCGUCAACCUCCUCCUGGAGGCCAGCAACUACCAGAUGAUGCCGUACAUGCAGCCCGUCAUGCAGUCGGAGAGGACGGCGAUACGGUCGGACAGCGCGCACCUGGUGACGCUGGGCGGCGUGCUGAGGCAGCAGCUGGUGGUCAGCAAGGAGCUGCGUCUGUACGAUGAGAAGGCCCACGAGUGGAAGGCGCUGGCGCCCAUGGACGCGCCGCGCUACCAGCACGGCAUCGCCGUCAUCGGCAACUUCCUGUACGUAGUGGGCGGCCAGAGCAACUACGACACCAAAGGCAAGACGGCGGUGGACACGGUGUUCCGCUACGACCCGCGCUACAACAAGUGGAUGCAGGUGGCCUCGCUGAACGAGAAGCGCACCUUCUUCCACCUCAGCGCGCUGAAGGGGCACCUCUACGCCGUGGGGGGCCGCAACGCUGCCGGGGAGCUUGCCACAGUGGAGUGCUACAACCCCAGGACGAACGAGUGGACGUACGUCGCCAAAAUGAACGAACCUCACUACGGCCACGCCGGGACGGUCUACGGUGGCUUCAUGUACAUUUCAGGUGGAAUCACUCACGACACUUUCCAGAAGGAGCUGAUGUGCUUUGACCCCGACACGGACAAGUGGACUCAGAAAGCCCCCAUGACCACGGUGCGGGGGCUGCACUGCAUGUGUACUGUGGGUGACAGGCUGUACGUGAUCGGGGGGAACCACUUCCGGGGCACCAGCGACUACGACGACGUGCUGAGCUGCGAGUACUACUCGCCGGCGCUGGACCUGUGGACGCCCAUCGCCGCCAUGCUGCGCGGACAGAGCGACGUGGGCGUGGCCGUCUUCCAGAGCAAGAUCUACGUGGUGGGCGGCUACUCCUGGAACAACCGCUGCAUGGUGGAGAUCGUGCAGAAGUACGACCCCGAGAAGGACGAGUGGCACAAGGUGUUCGACCUGCCCGAGUCGCUGGGCGGGAUCCGCGCCUGCACGCUCACCGUCUUUCCCCCCGAGGACAACACAGGGUCGCCCAACCGGGAGUCUCCGCUCUCUGCCCCCUGAAACCCCCCCCCUCCCCCCUCCCCCCACCUCAGUCACUGUUUGCACUUCCUCCUUUUUGGACUACACCCGGGGGCGUGCUUCAUAGGCAGAGUGCCACAAAGGCUGCUGGGAGUUGGAGUCGUCACGCACUUGGGCUCUCUCUGCAAAACCUUUUGUGACACUGUGCUUAUUGAGCACAGUCCUGUACUCUCCCCCAACCCUCGUACUGCCCCCCUCCCCUAUUGUGGAGAGUGUGCUUUUCUCUCUACAGACUAUUUAUACGAGGCUGCUUGGCUGGCCUUCAGUUUUUACUCAGCUCAGAAACAACUCGUACCUGCAAAGCCUUCGUGGCAGGAAAGGAACUCCUUCCGGUGAAUGGAAAAUGGACAAGAUGCGAUUUUGCCGCCCAAGUACAUUAAUGUUGCAUAUUCAUGUUCUUUUGGAAUGUGUUUUUUUUUUCGUCAGAGGCCUCUAACUUAACAUCGUUCAGGACUAGGAUGGAAGCGAAGCAAUGAUGCGUGUCUUGAGUGUAAUGAUCCCUGUUUCUUUCAAGGUUAUUUCUGCGAAUCAGGAGAUUCGAGGCCGUUGUUGACAUUGAUGUACAAUUGAGGAUUUAUUUUAUUGAAUAAUUAUUAUUAUUAUUAUUAUUAUUAUUAUUAUUAUUGCUGUUGGUUUUUUUAUUUUAUUAUUCUCAUCUGCAGAAGCGCUGGGAUACAUGGGCCCACAGAAGGAGAUGAAAAUGUUUUAAUCUCAGGAGUUGGCCAGCACCUUCCUCCCAACUUCCUCCUCCCCCACCCAACAACAAUUACAGUCAUUUCUGCGAUUGUUAUUAACCAUUAAAUAAAUGGUGUUUUCUAAAUUUAAUAAACAAGAUUUUGAAAAGCUC